GGUGUACUGUGAUCAAACACGGCGCUUAUCAGUACAGAAACAAACUCGUAUCUAAUACCGUCUGUUUGCCUUUACUCUGAAACGAUGUGAGACUGGUGAUAUGUCAGGCGCAAAGACCACUGCGUAUCCAGGCACCUGUUGACGCUUAAAUAAUGGGCGACUUAUUAAACUACACUGGAACUUUUAACAAAAGUUUAAUGGAUCCUGACAAGUUCAGCAGUCUGGAGGAUAUCGACGUGACUGCGGAUGGGAACCUCGCCUUGCGGAUCAUAAUCUCGGUGGUUUACUCCGUGGUGUGCGCCGUGGGUCUGGUCGGGAACCUUUUGGUUUUCUUCUUGAUGAAAAUUAGGCAAGGACGAAAGAAAUCCACCAUUAACGUGUUCGUCAUCCAUUUAGCUGUGACUGACUUUCAAUUCGUUCUGACUUUGCCUUUUUGGGCGGUGGAUACGGCGCUGGAUUUCAGCUGGCCGUUUGGUAACGCCAUGUGCAAAAUCAUUUUAUCGGUCACUGUGAUGAACAUGUACGCCAGCGUGUUCUUUCUCACGGCCAUGAGCAUCACUCGCUAUUGGUCUGUCGCAUCUGCCUUAAAGAUCCCUUCUAGAAAAAGGUUUGAGACUGUAAAAUGGAUAUGCGCCGUGUUGUGGGUCCUGGCGACUGUAGCCACAGCACCAACUACCAUAUUUUCCACAGUGACAGUUGUUGCAGGUGAAAAACUGUGUCUCCUUCGGUUUCCAGAUGGUCACGAUUGGCUUGCUCUUUAUCACCUUCAAAAGAUUGUCGUUGCAUUUAUCUUGCCCAUGUUUAUUCUGUCGGUAUGUUACCUUCUGCUUUUAAGAUUUAUUCGACAAAGGCGCGUUAAGAAUCACCAAGGCAGGCGAUCUAAAGUAACCAAGUCUGUCACCGUGGUAGUCCUCUCUUUUUUUAUUUGCUGGAUGCCAAACCACGCGAUCACUCUUUGGGGCGUCCUGGUGAAACUGAACGCCGUGCACUGGGAUAAAACAUAUUACAUGGUGCAUACUUACAUUUUCCCGCUGACUGUUUGUCUUGCCCACACAAACAGUUGUCUAAACCCAGUUUUGUAUUGUCUCAUGCGAAGGGAGUUUAGGAAAAUGCUGCAUAGUUUAUUUUGGCGCAUGUCAUCACCUGCUUCUUCCAAAGCUGGAAAAUUACAUGGAUACAGUGGUGGCAUCAAUCAAGAUGACGCACACAUUGGGGUUCAUUUAAACGUGAUGGACACUCAGCAGUCCAGCCAUCCCGCGACUGUACCACAAUCUUAACAAUAUAAAAGUCUUUGUCAGGUUCAAUAACAAACCUUUAACCUCAACAUGUCUGUUUCACAAAAGGCCAUUUGCAGUGGAAAAAAAGGUAAGAAAUGUUUUUGUAUGAAGCUUCCUGAAAGGUUCCUUGGGGAACCAUAAAUGGUUCUUCUAUAGUGCAGCACCAACAGCAUAUGUCCAAAUAUUCAGUCAAAACCGUUCUAUUUCAUCAUAAACAAAAACAGGGCUUUAAAUGUAAAAUAACGAACUUUUCCUUUAAAAAAGUCAUGUGAAAGGUCCCCUUUAAAGAACAUUUUCACUACAAAGAACGGUUCUUCAGUUUAAAGGUUCUUUAUGGAACCAUUCAUCCAGAAAUUCUUCUUUGACAUCGUAAAGCACCUUUAUUCAGUGUAUGGAUUACCAAUGCAAAAUACAGUA